UGCGCAGAGCGCGGCGCGCGCGGCUGUUGGGCCGCUGGUUAGGGGGCCCUGGGAUCUGCUGCGUCUCCGCUAGCUGUCUGCCGUGAGUCACGAGCCGCCGUGAACACCCGGAUUCCAGCGGGAGCUUGCGAGCACGGGGGCAUCGCCCGCAGUGGCCAAGCUCAUGGCUGGCUGAGCGGGACGCCGCCGCCGCCUCAGCCGCCGCCGCCGCCGCCGCCUCUUCCUCCUCAGCCGGCGGCGGCCCGGGCCCAACAGCCAUGGCUGAAGACUACUGGGACGGGCGCCUGCGGCGAACUGGAGGAAAAGGAGGUCGCGCGGCCUCAUCCUGGGCCGCCGCCCCAGGCGCCACCGCGCCGGCCCCGCGGCUCUGAGGUUACUCGCGCGCCCCCUCCGGUCGCCAUGGAUCGGAUGAAGAAGAUCAAACGGCAGCUGUCAAUGACACUCCGAGGGGGCCGAGGCAUAGACAAGACCAAUGGUGUCCCUGAGCAGAUAGGCCUAGAUGAGAGUGGUGGUGGUGGUGGCAGUGACCUUGGAGAAGCUCCCACCCGUGUUGCCCCUGGGGAACUUCGCUCUAUUCGGGGCCCACUCAGCUCUGCACCAGAGAUUGUGCAUGAAGACAUGAAGAUGGGAUCUGAUGGGGAGAGUGACCAGGCUUCAGCCACAUCCUCAGAUGAGGUGCAGUCUCCAGUGAGAGUGCGCAUGCGCAACCACCCCCCACGCAAGAUCUCCACUGAGGAUAUCAACAAACGCCUGUCACUACCAGCUGACAUACGGCUGCCUGAGGGCUACCUUGAGAAGCUGACACUCAAUAGUCCCAUCUUUGAUAAGCCUCUUAGCCGGCGCCUCCGCCGUGUCAGCUUGUCUGAGAUUGGCUUUGGAAAACUGGAGACCUACAUCAAACUAGACAAGCUGGGUGAGGGUACCUAUGCCACUGUCUACAAAGGCAAAAGCAAGCUCACAGACAACCUUGUAGCACUUAAGGAGAUCAGACUGGAACACGAAGAAGGGGCACCUUGCACUGCUAUCCGGGAAGUGUCUCUGCUCAAGGACCUCAAGCAUGCCAACAUCGUCACACUACAUGACAUUAUCCACACAGAGAAGUCCCUCACCCUUGUCUUUGAAUACUUGGACAAGGACCUGAAGCAGUACCUGGAUGACUGUGGAAAUGUCAUCAACAUGCACAAUGUGAAACUGUUCCUGUUCCAGUUGCUCCGUGGCCUGGCCUACUGCCACAGGCAGAAGGUGCUACAUCGAGACCUCAAGCCCCAGAACCUACUCAUCAACGAGAGGGGAGAGCUCAAACUGGCAGACUUUGGCCUGGCUCGUGCCAAGUCAAUUCCUACUAAAACAUACUCCAACGAAGUGGUGACACUGUGGUACCGGCCCCCCGACAUCUUACUUGGGUCCACAGACUACUCUACCCAAAUUGACAUGUGGGGUGUUGGCUGCAUCUUUUAUGAGAUGGCCACAGGCCGGCCCCUCUUCCCAGGCUCCACAGUGGAAGAACAGCUGCACUUCAUCUUCCGCAUUUUGGGAACCCCAACUGAGGACACAUGGCCAGGUAUCCUGUCCAAUGAAGAGUUUAGAACAUACAACUACCCCAAGUACCGAGCUGAGGCCCUUCUGAGCCAUGCACCCCGACUUGAUAGCGAUGGAGCUGACCUCCUCACCAAGCUGCUGCAGUUUGAGGGUCGCAAUCGGAUCUCUGCUGAGGAUGCCAUGAAACAUCCAUUCUUUCUCAGCUUGGGGGAGCGGAUCCACAAACUUCCUGACACUACUUCCAUAUUUGCACUAAAGGAGGUACAGCUACAAAAGGAGGCCAACAUUCGGUCCACUUCUAUGCCUGACUCAGGUAAGUGUGGCCCUCUUGUCUUGCUUUAUCCACCUACCGGCUUGCCCACUAACAGCCAUUCACUCUGCUUUCCCCUGCAGGCAGGCCAGCUUUCCGUGUGGUGGAUACCGAGUUCUAAGCCAAGUUUUAAGCCACAGACCAAGGCCCCAGCAGGCAGCGGCUGGAGGGAUGCCACACCCCUCACAGGACAGCCCCCAUCUGCAAUCCUCCCUGCUUGUUGCCUGCUUACCUGCCUGAGCCACACUCCCCUGCCAACUUGUCCCCUGCCACCUGUCCAAACACCGAACUACUGGCCUGGCCUGUUAACCCAACCACUGGCCUGUCUGCUGGGUGCUAACAAAGCUCUCACCACUACUUUGCUUGAUGUGUCUGUCUCUGUCUUGGUAGAUGCUGGUGGACCGAAUGGCCGUGCCAGCUUUCCACACUAAGGCUAGGCCUUCCCCUCUUCAUCACACUCUCUCCCAGGACCACUACCCCAUGGCCAACCAGGGGUUUGGAGCUAGCCCAGGCCAGGCUCUCAAUCGACUUUGACUAGAAGGUAGUGAUGCCUUGGGUCUGAGGUAUCAUUUGCCUGCUUCCCAUCUGUCCCACUUGCCUCUGUUGUAUGGGCUUUUUUUUAGUUUCUUUUAUUGUUUUUUAUUAUUUUAAAUGAGGUUCUCACUUUUUAAUGCAAUAUCUCUGUAUACAGACUGGUUGGGCACUACUCCCUGAGUGUGGCCCUCCCACAGUAUUUUGUGCAAUGAAGUCCCACUCCCACCCUUUGAGAGGUAGGGACCCAGACCCUAUUCAGAUCCUGACCAUCACUAGACCCUGGAAUUGGCUAUGGGAAAGCAUGCCUCAGCCACUCACCUUCCUCCCCUACCUAGCGUUCCCAGCUAUAGGGGGACCCAGAACUACCAGAGAGUGGGAGAUGGACAUGGUGGGGCCUACUUUUUCCCUCCUUCAGUCCCGUAGCCAGGGCCUCCUUCCUUCUCAGGGUCUUCCCAGCCCAGCUCUGCCUAGCCCUCCUGCCCUGUCCUACUCGGUGCUGUUGAGUAGGGGCUCUGCCAGGAAUCGAGCAGCUUAGUGAGGAGCCAUAUAUAAUAUGUAUAUGUGCACAAGCAGGAGGACAUGUGGGAGCUUGUGCCCAAUUGUUACACCCCAAUCCCUAGGAGGGUCAGGCAGGCCAAGGACAGUCUCCUGGAUGGAUGGUUUGCUCCCCUUCCUCCACCUUAAGCCUUGGGACCCUUAAGCAGGGUGGGAGGGCAAGGGAGGGUGCCCUCCUAGUGGGGUUUGGGGGGGGAUUGGGUUCCUGAAUGCACCAUAAUCGCUGUAUGAAAUAUUAAAAAAAAAGUCUAAAGUGAAAA